AUGCGGCACAUCCAUGCAGAAACGUCCCUGCCCCCAGAACGCAGCAGGGACCCCAGCCUGUCCCGGUCCAGUGGAGAGGCACCCUUGGAGCCUUCUUCGCAGCACUGCACGCGCCACAGUAUCCUCAUGGGCUACAAUGAGACAGAGAUCAAGCGCCAGAAGGUUUAUCAGGUCUCCAUCUUCUCCCAUCUCUCCAACUCCUCUGAGAGCACAGAGCAGCAGGCAGGCAGCCGGCUGGCCAUCAAGAGAGGUUACCCUGAGCAGCGAGCUCCGGAGAGGGGACGAGAUCCCAAACGAACUCACUGGGGUGGCAGGGUGGUGGAUGGCAAGCGUGAUGGGGGCCCUGGGCCGGCCUCCCUCGAUGAUGAUGACACCUUCGAGGAUGGUCUGCUGGUGGAGGAGCUAUCCCUGUGCGGCUCUGCCCAGCACUUCUCCCACAGUGGGCUGCGAGUGGUGGAGCACCGGUGUGAGGGCAGCCCUAGCCACAGCCCCAAGGCCAGCAGAGAGGACAAGUCACAUGAUGUCUCCUCCUCCUCCUGGCCACAGCACGUUGCUUGCAGUACUUUGCACAUGAGAGGCGGUUGCCUUGCCUCAUCAGGGGAUCAACCUACAGACUAUGGGGAGAAUGGGGAGCAGGCAAGUGGCCACAACUUACUUCACCUUGAUUUGCACAAUAUUGCACAAACAGUCCCUUUGGACUCUGAUGGGAAGAGAGAGAAGCCAGGGAGCAGUCCAGCUCACAGCAGCAGGGCUAGUGGAGAAGAGGAAUGGCCAGCAGUGGCCAACGGGUGCAAGGAGCCCCCAGCUCUGCAGACAGCACUCAGCCCUGAGCCCAGCAACCUGACCUCCCUGGAGAAGACGCCCUGCGGGACCAGCCAGCUCAGCAGCAGCUGCCCGGCCAAAAGGAAGCUGCUGCCUGCUGGCGAGGUUGUCGCCGACUCCUGCUCUGAGGAUGAGAGCCUGUCCCCGCCAGCAAGGAAGAAGAGGGUCCUACUAUGCCAUCCGGUGCCCACGGCCUGCCGCAGCACCGAUGCCAAGGGGGCCCCAUUCUGGAAUCACCUGCUUCCCACAGCCAAGAGCUCUGCGGAUUGCACUGCGGUCGGGAGGAGGCUGAAGAGCGGGCUGCGCCUCAAAUCGCGACAUCUUCGGAGCAGCCUGCGGAGGGGUACCAGGUCCUCUGCAGUGCCCUGGGCCAACACCACCACUGUCAGCCAUGCUCUACUGGGCAACUUUGAGGAGUCCAUCCUGAAAGGGCGCUUUGCACCGUCGGGGAGGAUCGAGGGAUUCACAGCAGAGAUUGGUGCCAGUGGCUCCUACUGCCCCCAGCAUGCCACUCUGCCCGUUGAUGUCACCUACUUUGACAUCUCUGAACACAGCGCGCCCUCGCCUUUCCUGGGAGUGAUUGACUUGGAGGCCUUGGGAAAGAAGGGUUACAGUGUCCCCAAAGCUGGAACCAUCCAAGUGACCUUAUUUAACCCCAACAAGACUGUGGUGAAGAUGUUCUUGGUGACGUACGACUUCCAGGACAUGCCAGCCAACCACAUGACCUUCUUACGCCAUCGCAUCUUCCUGGUGCCCGUGGAGGAGAAGGAGGGGGCCACCGUGGCCACCAGCAAUCCGCUGGGCACUGGCCCACCCCGCAGGGUCCUCUGCUACCUGAUGCACCUAAGGUUUCACAGCUCCAAGUCAGGGAAGAUCUACCUUCAUGACGACAUCCGGCUGCUUUUCUCUCGCAAGUCGAUCGAGGUUGACUCGGGGAUCCCCUACGAACUGAAAUCUUUCACGGAGAUGCCGAGAAACCCCUGCUACUCACCCCGGGCCUGA